AUGCCGAGCCUGGCGAGCCUGGUUCAGGCGUGCGGCACAGCCACCGUUCCCAGCGAAGGCGGUGUCGUGGACCUCGCACUGGCUGCUGCUGCUUCCGCCACGUCCUUCGCGCGCACCUGGAGCGGCCCUGUCGACGUCUACGCGAUUGUGUCCAGCGUGCGAUCACGCAAGGGCGCCGCUCAGGAGGGGCAGCAGGAGGCGGAGCAGGGCGAAGUUGUGUGCGAGGAGGCGUGCCUCGUAGCAGCUGCCGGCACUGACCAGCCCGCGCCUAAGGAGCACAGCAGCGAGGGGCGGUUUGCGCCGUACCGGCGUGGUCUCAGGAGGCAUGAGGCCCCAGCCUAUGUCAUCUACCCUUACGUCACCCGUGGCUACACCAGCGGCGGCUCGUACACGCGCUGCUUGAGGGCCGCCUUCGAGUGGCACGCUGAGACGCUCAACGCCUGGACUAUGGUGUUUGGCUGCGCCCUGUCUGCGUGCCUGCUCAACCAUGCAAUUUCAAGUCUGCGGACCGCCGGUGCUUCGGGCGGCGGCAGCUUCUGGCGCGGCGUGCCGGAUGAGGCCCCCUUCUGGAUCAUGACGGCGGCCGUGUUCCUGCACGCGCCCUGGAGCAUCGGCUUUCACCUUUUCAGGGGCAUUGUGUCCCAACUGCUCACCCUGGGCAUCUCGUGGUUCGUCUACGACUCGUGGUGGGCCCUCACCCUCAACAUGGUCGCAGCGAUCAUCACCGCCCAGGUGGCCACGAUGGACAUCUGGGCGCUCCCCGCCGACUACAGGCGCCACCGCGGCGGCCAGGUCGCGUUUGUUGGCUGCAUCGCCGCGUGCUACUGGUGGCCCAUGGGCGUGCAGGCGGCGCAGGACCUGUGGGCAUGGCGCGGCGCGGCCGGCCUCGGCCCCUUGGCUGCAGGUGCGGCAGGGCUGCCGUCGCUCGCAGCGUCCGUCUACACAGUCGGCGCGCUGGUGGCGCUGGCCUUUGGCGCAGCGACGUUUGCCCUUGGCGUGCCGGAGCGGCUGCUGCCCGGGGUUUUCGACACCGUGGGGUUCUCCCAUCAGUGGAUGCACGUGGGGGCGUCCGCGGCGCACGUGUUUGAGUACCUAUUUGUCCUGGAGAUGUGGAGGCGGCGCACCGCGGCGCACGCAGGCGCUUGA